AUGGGUACUUAUAGAAAACGGUUCAAUGAGAAGGCCAGGUCCGGCCAUAUGGCCAAAUUAAAGGAAUUGAAAAGAGUCAGGAAUAAGCAGUUUACCAGACAGGAUGAAAACGACGAAGAGAUGAAGAAACCGGAUUCAGAUUCAUCUGAAAGCAAUACUGUAGAUUCAAAUGUCAAUGCAGAUAUUCUUAAACCUCUUACUGAUGAAGAAAAGAAGAUAAAAAAAAGAAAAUUGCAGGAACUAUUUACUCCAAAGGAAUCCAAAGUUUCGAGAUUAAAAAAAAAAAGACUGGAUAAGUUUAUCGAACAUCAAUUGAAAAGAGAGGAAAGAAAAACCAUUAUCGACAAACUCCAAGAUUAUAAGAUAGACACGAGUCUGUUAACAAGCUCUAAAAAACUGGGUGAGGGUAGACAGACUAAAAGGGAAGAGUUCAAAGAAGCAUUAAGUCUAGAACGUCAAGGAAGAGGAAAUGAACAAACAAAGGAAAUAUUGUACGAAGAGUAUGAACCAAAGGUUUGGGAUAAGGAUGUUGAAGUGGAAAGCCAUGAAGACAAUGGCGAUGAUAGUGAAGAUGACUUCGAUGCUAGAUAUGCUAGUGUGGGUGAAUUAAAAGAUAAGGCAGGGGAAGACAGUAAAUCCUCUGGCUUUAUCGAUCAUAGACCAGCUAAAUUUGGUGGUUCUGGCCAUGGCUUCGGAUUCAGCAACGUGAAAGUUAUAAAUAAAGGAAAUAAAACUCCAAAGAAAAAAUAUAAUUGGAGACAACGUGUGGUGGUGGAAGAACUGAAGAAGCACGGGAAAGAAGAUGAAAUGGAUUUUGAGACUACAUCAGAAGAUGAUGAUGUUGAUGAAGAUAGUGAUGUGGAAGGUGAAGGAGAACAGGAGAAUGGUAGUGAAAACUCACUUGAAGAACAUGAAAGUGCAGACAGUGAAACAGAAUCAAAAGACAGUGACCAAAAGCACAUCGGAAAUGAGUUCAAGGACUGGGCUAAUCAAGAAAUUAAGAAAAUGGAAGGCAGAGAUCAAGAGCAGGUCACCCCCACUCUAAACAUUGGUUACAAACCGAUAACUAGAGAAGAGGAUUUAGACGAUGGUCUCAAAGAAACGUAUAUUCCAGUAAAUGAGCAUUCCAGGCGUAAGGCCUUCUAUAUUAAUGUCAAAAGAUCGGAAGAAAUCCAGAAAACGAGAAGCCAGUUACCUGUAUUUGGUGAAGAACACAAAAUCAUGGAGGCCAUUCAUCAUAACGAUGUGAUAAUUAUAUGUGGUGAGACUGGGUCAGGUAAGACUACCCAGGUGCCACAAUUUUUAUAUGAAGCAGGGUUUGGUGCCGAAGACUCGCCAGAUUACCCAGGUAUAGUGGGCAUUACACAACCGAGAAGAGUAGCGGCUGUGUCUAUGGCUGAGCGUGUGACUAAUGAAUUGGGUGAUCAUGGCCAUAAAGUAGGAUACCAGAUUAGAUUUGACUCCUCUGCAAGGGAAGAUACGAAGAUCAAGUUUAUGACAGACGGUGUCUUGUUACGAGAAAUGAUGCGCGAUUUCAAAUUAACCAAGUAUUCCUCCAUUAUUAUAGAUGAAGCCCAUGAAAGAAAUAUUAAUACUGAUAUUCUGAUCGGUAUGCUAAGCCGCUGCGUCAGGUUAAGGGCUAAACAGCAUGAGGAAAAUCCGAUUGAACACAAGAAAUUGAAACUUAUUAUCAUGUCAGCUACAUUGAGAGUAUCAGAUUUCAGCGAAAAUAAGGCAUUGUUUCCCAUUCCACCUCCCGUCUUGCAGGUGGAUGCAAGACAGUUCCCUGUCUCUGUCCACUUCAAUCGUAGAACUGCAUUUAACUUUACAGAAGAGGCUUUCAAGAAAACUUGCAAAAUUCAUCAAAAGCUCCCACCUGGUGCUAUAUUGGUGUUUUUAACUGGUCAGCAAGAAAUCACCCAUAUGGUGAAAAAACUGAGAAAGGAAUUUCCUUUCAAGAAAAAUUUCAAGCAAAAUAAGGAGUUGGAAACGUCAAUUUCGAAAGUGGGCAUUAGCUCGAAAACAACAGAUUUAGAAGCUGAGGAUAUAGAUUUUAGCGUCCAAGUUAUUGAUGAGGAUAAAUUCAAAAGUACAAUUGAGUACGAAGAGAAUGAAGCUGGUAACGAAGAGGAUGAUGAGGAAGAAGAAGAGGGGUUUGAAGAAACCCUAAGUGAAGGGCAAACGGCAAACGAUCCCCUAUAUGUGCUUCCGUUGUAUUCUCUACUGCCAACCAAGGAACAAAUGAGAGUCUUUCGGCAACCUCCUCCAGGUUCCAGACUGUGUAUUGUGGCAACAAAUGUUGCAGAAACAUCACUGACAAUUCCCGGGGUGAGGUAUGUUGUUGAUUCUGGGAGGUGCAAGGAACGUAAGUAUAAUGAAUCAAAUGGCGUACAGAGCUUUGAAGUUGGCUGGGUUAGUAAAGCUAGUGCUAACCAAAGAAGUGGGAGAGCGGGUCGUACUGGGCCGGGCCACUGCUACCGUUUAUAUUCUUCUGCUGUUUUUGAGAAUGAUUUCGAACAAUUUUCUAAACCUGAAAUCUUGAGAAUGCCUGUGGAGAGUAUUGUCUUACAAAUGAAGAGUAUGGCCAUUCAUAAUAUUGUCAAUUUCCCAUUCCCAACUCCUCCAGAUAGAAUGGCUCUUUCCAAAGCUGUGCAAUUGUUACAACAUUUAGGGGCUCUUGAUGAUAAAGAAAAGAUCAGUGAAGAUGGUAAAAAGAUGAGUCUUUUCCCACUUUCACCUAGAUUUUCUAAAAUGCUGCUUGUAUCUGAUGAAAAAGCCUGUCUUCCCUAUAUUGUGGCUAUUGUUAGUGUACUAUCGGUGGGAGAUCCGUUUAUCAAUGAAUUCGAAUUGGGGAUAAAUGAAAUUACUAGGAAAGCAAACCAUGAUGAAGACGUAGAUGAAAAGGAUAAAAAACUUGAUGAAUCUACGUCAGAUAUGGACCCAGAACUCAAAAAGGAGUUGCGUAGUAAAUUCUACAAGAGUAGGUCACAGUUUAGUAAAUUAGACAAAUUUAGUGAUGUAUUCCGUUUACUAAGUGUCGCAAGUGCGAUGGAUUAUAUUCCAAGGGAGCAAAAAGAAAUAUUUAUAAAGAAAAACUUCUUGAGAGGAAAAUUCAUGGAAGAAAUAAUCAAACUGAGGAAACAAUUGAUGUAUAUCAUCAAAUCUAACACGUCAAAAGAAAACAUUGCUGUUGUAAUUAGAAAUGAAGACUUGAAAACAGACAUUCCAAGCGCGAUACAGAUAAAACUAUUGAAACAAAUGAUUUGCUCAGGUUUUGUCGACCGUGUUGCUAUAAGAGCAGACGUUCUAUUCCCAGAUGAUGCAAAGAUAACGAACAGAACCUCAUUGAUCAACAUUCCUUAUGUUCCUGUUUUGGCCACCAGAACACCCAGUAUUCAGGACUGCUUUGUCUAUAUCCACCCGACUUCAAUCCUGAAUAAUUUGGGAGAAUUACCACCCAAGUACAUGCUUUACCAUUCAUUACACUUGGGUGGCAAUAACAAAACAAGAAUGAACGCUUUGUGUGAUAUUGCAAGCACACCGCUAGCGAACAUUGCAAGAAAGGGUCUUCUUUUGACGUACAGUAAACCUCUGACCGGCAAAGGUUUAAAGACAAUCAACCUAUCGCUUACGGAGCGUUAUUGUUAUGUGGUUCCUAGAUUUGGAUCUACAGUUGACAAUGAUCUCAAGAUUGGCUGGAAUUUGAAUCCUGUAGCAGUGCAUCAAAAGAAGCAAAACGGCCAAUGGACAGUCACCAAGUUUAUCACGAAAAAGAGUUUCCAGAACGCCACAGGCGAAAAAGAUAACAAACAGAAAUAA